AUGUCACUAUGUGGAGAUGCCUGUUUUUGGGGUUCAAUAUCUAAUUCAUUUGCACAGUAUCUAUCCAUUGCGCAUGAUUUUAUGCCAGUGGUGAUUAUUGUUGUCUUUAGUGCUGCUCUUCUUUUUCGUGUUAUUAUACAAAAACGUCGUUUACAACAAAGUACUGGAUGGCGUAAAUAUCGAAAAAUGAUUAUACAAUUUAUUCUCAUCUCUAGUACCUUCGUUAUCUUUUAUCUUCCUUAUACUAUUAUUUAUUUCGUCAAAGCUUUGGGAUUUUCUAGUUUCGGCAACAAUGUCACCAUAUAUUUUUUACCUCUAGCAAACGUUCCAUGUGUGGCUUUGUCCUAUGCUACUGCUAUAACACUGCCCGGACUAAAAGAAAAACUUUGUGCAUUGAUCAUCUGUAAACCGAAGCAAAAUACUAUUCGUCCGACAGUUGCCUAG